GUUGGCCCCGGCCCUGCAGUCCUCUGCCGCAGUCGCUGGGCUGCGCCGCCGCCGCCGCCGCCGUCGCUGGGACGCGCCGCCGAGCCCUUCGUCGCCUCCAGUCCCGCGGCCUCGGUUCGCCUCGCCUGCCGCACGCCCACCAUGACGAAGACUGAGAAGAAGUCCUUCCAUCAGAGCCUGGCCGAGUGGAAGCUGUUCAUCUACAACCCGACCAGCGGAGAGUUCCUGGGGCGCACCGCCAAAAGCUGGGGUCUGAUCUUGCUCUUCUACCUAGUUUUCUAUGGGUUCUUGGCUGCACUCUUCACGUUCACAAUGUGGGCCAUGCUCCAGACACUGAAUGAUGAGAUUCCGAAAUACCGAGACCAGAUUACGAGUCCAGGACUCAUGGUUUUUCCAAAACCAGUGACUGCCUUGGAAUAUACAUACGACAUGUCUGAGCCAAGUACUUAUGGAAAGUUCAUUGCAGACCUGAAGAGGUUCCUAGAGCCAUAUUCUGUAGAAGAACAGAAGAAUCUCACAAACUGCCCCGAUGGAGAAGUUUUUGAACAGAAUGGUCCAGUUUAUCAAGCAUGUCAGUUUCCAGUUUCCUUGCUUCAAGAUUGCAGUGGUGUGAAUGAUGCUGAUUUUGGCUAUUCCAAAGGCCAGCCUUGUAUUCUUGUGAAAAUGAACAGAAUAAUUGAAUUAAUACCACUGGGAGUCCCACGGAUACUGUGCGCGCCAAAGGAAAAUAACAUAGCAAAUAUAUCAACUUAUCCUGACCAGGGAGUUAUAGACUUAAAGUAUUUUCCAUACUAUGGGAAAAAACGGCACGUUGGGUAUCGACAGCCCCUAGUUGCCGUCCAGGUCAUCUUUGGAUCUAGUUCUGUCAAGAAAGAAGUAACAGUUGAGUGUCAAAUUGAUGGACCAAAGAACCUAAAAACCAAGGAUGACCGUGACAAGUUUUUGGGACGAGUUGUGUUCAAGGUCACAGUGAGCCCCUAGGAGUAGGGUGUCUCCACAGAAUAAACGUCUGUCCCCAUUUUGUAUCAGCUGGACCUGCCAUUCUAGGAUGAUGAGGCCACCUUGGAGGAGGUGAUGUGGUACACACUGGGAUGACAUCAUAACGUGCUUCCAGAUCAUAGUGUUCAGUGUCCUCUGAAGUAACUGCCUGCUGCCUCUGCUGCCCUUUGAACCAGUGUACGGUCGCCAGAUAGGGACCAGUGAGCUCCCAAUUCCAAACAUGCAGAGUGGGGGGGGGCUCGUCUUCUGUGUGUAAUUGCCAAACGUCUAAAGCUUCAUGUGCUGUGCUGUGUAAAUAUUUCAUGGAUUUAACACUGGUAACUGUCAUAUUUUGAUGCCAACAAAGUUUAGGGAUAAAAUGGUACCUUGCCAACAUCAAGUGACUUUAGCUGCAAGAAAUGUGUGAGAAGUUCUGUAUGUGAGGAGGAAAAAGAAAAUAAAAGUGGAUCUCAAAGUAUUAGCUUCCAUUCUGUGUACGUGAGUGUGUGUAUCAGUGGGCUUUAAAUUAUUUUUUACAUGCUGAAUGAGACUGGAUAUUUAUUGAGAGGACAAGCUUUCUGUUGUAAAACAUUUUAAAAUACUAAUGGGGUGAUUUUGAGUGAUGGAAUCAAGUCUUCCACAUUCGUGUACCGUAGACCAUGGACGAAACAACAUUUUAAGCUAGGCAAAUGUACACCAAGUUUUGUUUUGUUUCGUUUUUUGAAUGAAAUUAAAUUCCCAAGACAUAAAUUGUAUAGUUUCUUAAAUGUCUUGUAACUGCUUUUAUUUAGCAGAAUAUGGACCCUAAUAAAAAUAUAAAUUGUGAAAUACAAAAACUUCAAAUUGGUUUGAAGCUCAGGACACAUGAUGGA